AUGCAUUUUUGGAUUGAUAAACGAUCUCAGACGUGUGGUUUCGGCCGAGCUCGUGUGGCAGCAUCUUUGUCCGGAGGCAGUGGUCUUGGAUUCGGCCAUCCUCGACGUGUUCCCCGUAAAUCAAUGGUUACCCCAAUACAUCGGUUUCAAACGAUCGACUGUAGUCGACCCCAUUUUUACCGUCAACAACAGCAGCAACAGUCGCAAACGAAUCCGUCUGUACCGUCGGGGACAUAUCAUUCGUCUCCACAAACUCAGCCACCAACUGCUCACCAACAUCAACAACCACAUCAGCAUCAACCUCAUGUACAACAACAGCAUUUUCAUCAGCAACUGCAUAAUUCACAUCAUAAUCCAAACCUUGCCCAAAAUCAAUCACUGACCUUGCAGUCACAACACGGUAACCAACAGCAAGUGCAUCAAGUGCAAUUGCACGCCAGCGGGCACUACAAUUCGCACAGUAAUAUUCUAUCAGCGCCAACAACUUAUUCACAACCGAGUCCCAGCUUACAACAAAGUUCUUCAUCAAAUGCACAUAAUUAUCACGUACCUGUGUCGAUGAACCACAUUUAUAGUGCAUCAACACAAUCAUCUGGUGCCGAUAUCGAUCACAAUAAUAUAAAUUUGGGAAUUAGCAGUAUUGGUCAGCAUGUACAAUCCCAUGUAGGACAUGAUGCUCAGUUGCUUCCGGCUCACUUGAAAUGCGGCAUGUGGGCAUCUCUAGCUCUUGCAACUGUAUUUGUAGCUGGGGCAAAGUUUUAUUUCGAUCAUCAGGGAACCGGAUUAGAAGUACUGAUUUUCUGUGCGUUUUCGGCAACUUUCUUUCUGGCGGCUUGUACUGUGUCUUUGUGGCGACGUCCACGAGAUGUUCAUAUUUCUAGCAAUAAUGUGAUAUCGGAAACGGUCUCUAAUGCAGAACAAGGUUCUCUACAGAACAAUGCCGAAAUUAUGAGCAGCCACCCCUCACCAUUACUAAAUGGAAGUGUCGGAAGCGGUCCUCUUGGGGGCCUUGGUACAGAAAACAUUCAGCAGGCUUCAAUGGCUAAUGCAGUGGCCCCACCACCACCGUAUCAUAUUGCGAUACUUUUACCGGAAGCUACAAAAGAAACAGAAGAAACACCACCACCUUCGUAUGAUAAAAUAGUGAUUUAAACAUUAUUAAAAGCCAAUAAGCAGCAAUAAAAUGAUAAAAAUGUGUUUGUAUAAUACAAAUUCAUUUUUAUUUAGUAACUGGGGAUUAAACAAUACAAAAUAUUUACGCAGCACAAGCGAGAAGCAUUAAAUGUAGUCGAAAACGGAUAGGAAGGAUAAAUAGUAUAGCGUAUUUAGUACCGAAAACAGCAUCGUACCUAGUUUUAUGGACAUUUUUAUUGAAAAAGACAUUUGAACGAAGCUACUAGGACUGUAGAUAGGGUUGAGAGAUAUAAUUUCAAUGCUCAAUUUAAAAAGAAAAUGAGGAGAGUAGCAUGAUAAAUAAUUUUCUUGUCGUAUUCGUGAAUGACAUGACUAUCGAAAACAUUCUAAUACUAUUGUACCAGAUUGUGUAAAUUUGAAGCCUAACAAGUGUAACGAUUACAGAUAUUGUAAAUAAGAAGGCCACAUGGACAAUUAAGUGUUAAAAAUAUGAUUCUUUGAGAAUACGAAGAAACAUUUGUUGCACUGAUUUGUUUAGAUAAAAAUGCGCAUAUUACUUAAAAAGAGUAUUUGAUGUAAAAAGGCAUACAACAUUUUUGAAAGAUAUCCUCUUUAUUUAUACCAAGAAUACAUUGUGCUGUAUGUUUUAAUAAAACUUUACUGAAAACUGCUG